GAAAUGGUAGUUUCAGCAGAUUUAACCUAACUUCUCACCUAAGGUAGAAUGAGUGGUCCACGUGGUGAUUCAGGAAACGAAGAUGCAGGUACGGAGAAGUUAAUUGAACUGUUUGACAAUAUAAAUGAAGCUAAAAAGGAGGAAUCUGCCAAACCUGGUGGUUUCAUGUUUCUGAUCAGGAACCCCCUUAUGGCAGCUGGAAUGGGAGCAACAGGAUACUUCUUCUACAGAGGAAUGAGGGCAGCCAGCGCGGGAGAGUCCCUCAAUCUAGCGGCGAUGCUUCAGAAGCGAGUUAUGGGACAGUUCGGCACUCUUGCUAUUAUUAUUGCUAGUUUUACUUACUACAUGGUCCAAUCUCCUGAUGCAAUGAAGAAUUCUGAGAUUGAUACACGUGCUUUGAACGCUCGAGCUUGGUCAAACUAUCAGGAGGCUCAGGAUAAAAAAGUCUGAUAACACGGUUUCUUACGGAAGUUAUAUUUGAAAAGUGGCCCUUUCAUUUAUAACUUAAAGUGAACGACUUCCCUCGGCCAGCAAGACAGACUUAGGUCAGAGUGUACUGCGCUCUUUGGAUUAACAGAGGUUGUAUAACGGCGGGAUUGUUGGAGUGGACUGUUACCAGGUUACCAGGUUACCUGGUUACCUGGUUACCAGGUUACCAGGUUAGCUGCAGCAGCUGUAUCAGUGUGACAGAAGAAUUAUUAAUCAUCAAUCGAACAAGAUGCAUUAUGUUGAUAGAAAUGAUUACGUCAGCGUCAGAUCUAGCUUUAGAGUCUGAUUUAUCUUAUUCAUAACCGCAGUAGUGUGAUUUCCUUAUAUUACAAUUAUGUUAUCUAAUGGUGAAUACGCUCUAGUUUUUAACUUUAAUUUCAUAUUUGAUAUCUAUGACUAUUGACUAAUGGUUCGAUGGUGGGAUAAGUUGUUAAAAGUGGUCGAAUAUAGUGGAAUAACGGUGGUUUCAGUGUUUUGAUAAGAUCACAUCUUGAAUUGUACUUAACUUUAUACUUGAUAAUUAUACUAAAUGUUUCCUUACCACCUAAUGUAUAUAGUAGGAGGCGCGUGAACAAGUGGGGAUGAAAUUAAAAUUGUUUUGUUUUUAUGUAACGACUGAAAAUGUUAAAAGUAACGAUUAAUGAGUUAUUUUACGAUAUAAAAUAAUUUCUGUUCUAGCUGUCAAAAUUUGUCGUUGCAUCCCCGACUUUAUUACAAAAUGUAAAGUCAUUGUAUUUGUAACAGUUUCGAGUGAUCGGGUCUGAGGUUCUAUUUUGGUCUUUUAGAACAACAUCCUAGUGUUCUUAAAACAAUGUGUAAAUGUAUUUGAUACUUAAAUUAUACUUAAAUCAUACAAUUUUUUAUUGUUGACGAUGAA